AUGUUCUCUAGGGCCCUUACCGUCGUUAUUGGGCUCGCCGUAUGCACAUUGGCAGGAGGACCGUUCGCAAUAAACGAGCCGGAUGGCUUUACGCAGUGUGUGCCGACACUUAUCACCUGGUCGGGGGGUGAAGGCCCGUUCAUCCUGGUAAUCCAAAGCGGCGGAAAUCGUGAGCCGGUCGAGGAGUUCCCAAACAUACCCGCUGGCUCGACCGACUUUCUCUGGCAGACCAAUGUCCUCUCCCGCACACUGGUCUCCCUCGAGCUCGUCGACUCUACCGGAGAAGUUGCUGAGACCGGACUAUUCCUCGUUCAGCCUGGAACUACGCGCGGCUCGGAUACGUGCGGAAUGGAUCUUUGGAACAUAUAA